UGACGUCAUCACUUGGCGAGCAUGGAAAAGGUAAUCAAUGAAGAUGUCCCGAAGGCCUUUGGUCUGUUCAGGGACCUGGUAACUAAUGCUAGUGACUUGACCAGCAAUGUGGAGGCACUUACAAAUAAGGUGAAGGAGGGGGCCAUAUCAACAUCUCAGGGUUUAAGCUUUCUGGAGGUGAAGUACCAGAUGUUAUUGAGCUACCUGGUCAAUGUAACCCACCUAAUGGUUCACAAGUGCCAGGGCGGCUCACUAGAGGGCUCUCAAGAUGUGCACAGAUUAGUAGAGAUAAGAACAGUGUUGGAAAAGAUGAAGCCAAUAGAUUCAAAAUUGAAAUAUCAGAUAGAUAAAUUGAUAAAAACUGCCAAUACUGGUACAGCAGUGAACGACCCUCUAAGGUUCAGAGCAAAUCCCGACAGUCUUGUUAGCAAACUAGACGAGGAAGACUCUGACAGCGGAUCAAAUGUAGACGAUGAUGAAGAAAAGAAAUCAAAAGUUUACAGACCUCCUAAACUUGCUGCUGUUCAUUAUGAUGGUGAUCAGACCCAGCAGAGUAAACUAGAACAGCACAUGGAGAAGGCAAAGAAAAAGGCUCUACAUAGUGGUGUCAUACAGGAACUAAAGGCUCAAUACUCUGAGGCACCAGAGGAAAUAGCGGAGGGUGGAUCAUUCAGAAACACUGCUAUGAAGCGUAAGGAGCAGGAGAGGGAGGAGUAUGAAGAGAGGAACUUUGUCAGACUUGGCAUGACCAAAAAGGAGAGGACUGCCCUAAAGCAAGAUAAAACCAUGUCCCAUCUCAACGACAUAACAAAGUUUGGAGAUGUGAAUUAUGAAGCUUUAUCAGGGAAAGGAGGUUUUGAGGAUGGUGUCCCUAGUAAAAGGAGAAAGUCAUCAGGCAGUGCUAAGAAAAUGAAAGGAAAGGGCAAGAAAAAAGGAAAAAAGAGACAUUCCAUGCAUUGACAAUUUAUCUUUAUUCAAUUUCACUUAAUAUUAUGUACAAAUUACUUAUUUAAAUAUAUACAUCAAGUAUGCCAUUAAAAAUGUUAUGUCUGUUCCAGAACUUGUGUAGGCAUAAGCUAUUAGAGCUUGAGAUGGAUGUUUUUGAAUCAGUUUGGAUAAGCUACACAAAUGUUUAAAAUCAGCCCCAUCUUGUAGAACACUCUUAACCAGCGUUGUUUUUCUUGUAGAAUAUUUAUAAAUCUGCC